AUGCUGUCCCUGAAAACUGGUGAGUUCGAUGUGCUGGUGAUUGGAGGAGGCGCAACGGGUGCCGGUGUCGCUUUGGAUGCACAGACUCGAGGUUUGAAAACAGCAUUAGUGGAACUUGAUGAUUUCUCGAGUGGGACAAGCUCAAGGAGCACAAAACUAAUUCACGGCGGAGUUCGUUACUUACAAGCAGCAAUAUUCGGAUUGGAUCUCGAGCAGUUCAGGAUGGUGAAAGAAGCUUUGUUCGAACGCGCUAACCUCAUACACUGUGCACCCCACCUGUCUUAUCCUCUACCAAUUAUGUUGCCUAUUUACAAAUUGUGGCAGGUACCGUAUUACUGGUUUGGAAUUAAAGCAUAUGAUUUGGUGUCUGGUCGACGAGUCUUAAAAAAAUCUUAUUACAUAAAUAAAACUCAUGCGCUGGAGCUUUUUCCAAUGCUCAGGAAGGAGUCAUUAGUUGGAGCUCUAAUAUAUUACGAUGGGCAGCACAAUGAUGCCCGGAUGAAUAUAUCAAUAAUUCUGUCGGCAAUACGCCAUGGCGCUAAAGCAGUAAAUCACGUGAAAGUGGAUAAACUGCUAAAAGAUUCAACAGGAAAGGUGUGCGGAGCCCACGUCGUUGAUACACUAACAGGUGACCAGUGGAACGUGAAAGCUAAAGUUGUGGUGAAUGCGACAGGUCCAUUUACAGACUCAGUACGUUUGAUGGCCGAUCCGGACACCACUCCGAUAUGUCAGCCUUCUGCUGGAGUUCAUAUUGUGCUGCCCGGUUACUACAGUCCAUCAUCCACGGGGCUUCUCGAUCCUUCCACAAGCGAUGGCCGAGUUAUAUUUUUUCUUCCAUGGCAACGUAUGACAGUAGCGGGAACAACUGAUGCACCAAUGCCAGUUACGUUCCAUCCGUCACCAAGCGAUGUCGAUAUCGAAUUCAUUCUUCGAGAAAUAAGACACUACUUGUCUAGCGAUGUGUGUGUUCGACGAGGCGAUGUAAUGAGUGCCUGGUCAGGCCUAAGACCGCUUGUGAGAGAUCCAAAUAAGAAAGACACAAAGUCUUUGGCGCGCAAUCAUAUAAUCGAAGUUUCGAAAAGUGGAUUAGUGACGAUCGCAGGUGGGAAGUGGACUACAUACCGGCAUAUGGCCGAAGAAACUGUUGACAAAGCAGUAGAAGUGGCAAAUCUAACACCGGCACGGCAGUGCGCCACCGCUGGCCUACUGCUUGAGGGAGCGCACAAUUGGGAUCCACUUUUACACAUUCAGCUUGUGCAAGACUAUGGCUUAGAUGAAGAUGUUGCACGACAUUUAUCCAGUACAUAUGGCGACAAAGCAUUUGCUGUUGCCAGAAUGUCCAAAAUCACUGGAAAAAGGUGGCCUAUUAUUGGAUAUCGAUUACACUCCGAAUUCCCUUAUCUUGAAGCUGAAGUCAAAUACGCGGUGAAAGAGUAUGCCUGUACGGCUGUGGAUGUCAUUGCACGGCGCUUACGUCUAGCAUUUUUAAAUACAUACGCAGCUUAUGAAGUACUCGAUAAGGUCAAAUACGCGGUGAAGGAGUAUGCCUGUACGGCUGUGGAUGUCAUCGCACGGCGCUUACGUCUAGCAUUUUUAAAUACAUACGCAGCUUAUGAAGUACUCGAUAAGGUUGUUGAUAUUAUGGGCGAAGAACUUAAGUGGUCCUCAGCGGAGAAAAAAGUAACAUUUUCAUAA